AUGUCUUCCACAGAAGCUUCCCGCCGUACCCGUGCAUCGAAUGCAACCGCCAGACCUGGAAAAAUAGUGCUCGACGCACAAACCAAGAGGCGCACCAAGGCACAGAAGGCUGCUGACGAUCUUGCCGUUAAAGAAGCCAAAGAAGCCAAAGAAGCGGCGGUCCAAAAGGGAGUUGAGCGCCUUGCUGGUAUGCAGGUUGAGAUGGAGAAGGUACAGAAGGAGUUACUCACCAACAAGGCGACUCCUGUUUGGCCCAAGCCAAAGGCUCGAAAGGCGACAAAGGCUACUGUAAAGGGAGGUGACAAUUGCACUGAUAGUGUAUUAGAUGACGUACCAGACGCUGAUGUGGCAGAGGAUGCUGCUGAGCCCGUGGAUCAUGGAACCUCGGGGAAAGGGAAGAAAACUGCUAAGAGAAGUGGAAAGAAAUUGAUCAGAGACGCUAUCAGCAAUGUGCAAAAGAAAAUCAGCGAGUCAACGUUGAUUGCAGAAGGCGAUAUCAAUAUCAAUAGCAUCGACGAUAAGCCUAAGGCAUGUGCUGAUGGGAAAGGCUCCACGCCAUCAUCCAUCAACGCGACCACUCAGAAAUUCGCACUAGGUGGCCGAGUGACCAACUGGGUCUCGGGGGUCAGGCCUGGACAGUUGGAGUCAGUAUCCCGCCAAUCAUCCCGCCAAUCCAGCACUUCAACCCGAGCACCUCCAACGUCAAUUUUCUCGCAUGACACUGCUUCCUCAGCAGCAACCUCAGCUGCUCAGCCUCGGACUCAGACUCACAUCCCCCCGCCCCCAACUCAAGUUGCUGAUUGUAUCCCAGAAGAUGCCCUUACUGGUGGCUUUGCGGAUGAGAUUGACGAUUCAUUGGAGCGUGAGGCUGCUUGCCUGGAUAGCAAGCAAAAGAAGGGGAAAUCUAAGGUAGCCUCAAUUUUUGACGAGGACUCAGACUGCGGCGGGCCCAAGGCUCCCUUCACACAAAUACCAUCAAUAGAAUUCGACUCGGACGAUGAGCUCAUGGAUUCAUUCACGCAAGAGGAUGAAGACUUGCAGGAGCCUAAGGCUCCAUUCACACAGAUGGACGAUCGCAUAGCCACGGCGGCCCUCAAGCGGAAGGCAAGUGUCAAUUCUGUCUCAGACGAUGACGAGCAGUCCCAGUGGUCCAUGGACAUCGAUCGUGACGAUGUUGAAGAUUUGAUCGAGGACUUCGAUAGUGAACCGCCACAGGCUAACCCUAUCGUAGUGAAAAAGGAGAAGGUUUUGCGCAUGACAACUUCGACAUCUGCGACCACCUCUAAUGCCGACAUCAAGCCGCCUGCUCCAAAAAAGGUCAAAGUUGAAUCUUCCGGGACUCCACAUGCCCAAGCCCAGGCUCCUGCCCGAAAACGCCAGCCGAACGUGGAUACUGCACCAGAGCACAUGAAAUCACGCGCGAUGCAAGCGGACCAGCGCUGGGCCAAGACAUUCCUCCCUACCAUAAUGAUGUGGGUGGGAAGCUACGAAGACAUCUGGAGCAUUCCAGAUGACGUACUGCUCCAUCAUGUCCAGCUCGUUUUCAACGUGGUAUAUCACGAACUCAAGAUUGUCGUUGUUCACGGCAGUGUGGUACAUUUACUCACUGCACAGCGUAUUUCAGAAUGGCGGAGUAAUUUUGGUUCAACGGCCAUUGUGAUAAUCAUCAACUUCUUGGCACGCAAUUCCGACUGUGACUCCAGCGAACUCGCAUCCUCCCUUCUUGCCAGCUGGGCGUUUUUAUACGAGGACCCCGAUAAUAUCAACCCCCUCACAGCAUAUCGUUCACCGUUCCUACUGCAGCUGUAUGGUAGAGCGCACCUCAGCGCCAUCAAUGGUUAUGUGGAGAUUCCUUCCCUCGACUUGGGAGCACUUGCAACGAUCGGGACGUCACGCGUUCUUGCCCUUUCUGCUGUGGCGCUCGAGCGUGCUCUUGGUAUGAUCUCCCGCAAGGAACUCAAAGUCGAAGAGAUCCUGUUGUCUGCGUCGAGAGGAAAAGUUUACGAUCAAGCUUCCCAAGCUCGCUGGUCCAAAGCUACUAAUUCGUACAUCAAGUCUAUUUCUAGCAAACCCACUGGCUACGUGGAGGCUAUGGUAAAAAUGGCACGCGCUAUUUUACAGGAUGUUGCUGAAACAUCGGGCUCGCUCAACGACUACGAAUCGGACGAGGACGAGUGUGCUAUGAUCUAUAUUGAGUGGGCUUUUUUAAGUGGCUCACGCUUUUCUCUCAAAUGACUUAUCGGUCGCUUUUCAUGAAAUUAAGUGACAAAUAAAGUGAGAUAAGUAACUUGUGGUUUUCCUGAUG